AGUGAGCACUACUUUCCUGCAGCAGACAGAUGAUCCAGAGGCUGGGGAGUCAGUAAAGACACAGCCCAGCCCCGUCUCAGCACAGCUCUGCACAACCCAGCUUAGCCACUUGGAGAGGCAGGGGAGGGGAGACACUAGCGCACACAGCCAACGCUGCAACGCAUACACACACAACCGCACAGACAAACACUCCUCCUCUCUCUCUCUUGCUUUCUCCCUAUCCGCUCUCCCUCACUCUGGGCGCUCGGCUCCGCGCACAGCUCCUUUACUCAUUCGCUGCUGAUUCACUCGCUCACUCGCUUGCCUCCUCUUCUGCCAGUCGCUCUGCCUUGCUGUGUUCUGCCUGCCUGCCUGCCUGAGAAUGGUCCAGCCGGUGCCUGGGGGUCUGCUGUCGCGGCCUGUCUGAAUACACGCAUAAACAUACAGAGCCAGUCGACACGCGGAAGCACGCACACACAAACUGGAGGGCAAUGUGAGAGAGGAAGUGCCUUCCCUGAUGUCUGCUGCAGCUUUGACCUGCUUCUACAGCUGAAGCUCCACCCUCCCCCCUGCCUCGCUCGCUUGCUGCCACAGCAACACGAGUACAAGGACAGCAGCCACACCCUCCUCGCAGCCUUCGCUCCGACCCCAUCCACUGUACCAUCAUCAUCCACUCCACGCAGCCUGACUCCAAACUCCGCUCUCCUCACUGUAAGACGGCCCUGCUGCCAGCAACUAUCCACCAGCUGACCAGCCUUACCACAGCAGCCCAACACACCACCAGGCCCACACAGCAUCACCUUGCCUUUCACCUUCGCCUUCAACCCUCUAAAGCCUCCACUUAGUCCUCAGUGUCCUUAACCUUCUUGUAGCAGGCUACACCUAGACUGUCACCUUUGUUGCCUGCUUCACUGCACCUAACCAGAGGGCUCUCAGUUCGGCUGUCACCUUCGCCUGGGAAUGUUAUAGAUGACGCAGUUCAGUAAGCAAUAACAAGUGAGAGAGAAAAGUCUAACCAAGAGAGGCAGCUUGACUGUUAAGCUAAGUAGUCUCCCCUGGAUAUAAUAACUCUAUCAGCCGCUGUCUGAUCAAGAAAAGGACCUGCUUACAUCCACAGCCAUCCUGCAACAUUUUACUUUGGAGGAGCCCAGUCAAUCAGUAGGAACUUUUCUUUUUGAGUGUUUCAUUUCAUCUUCACGGACAAGUAUCCCAGACAGUGACAACACUGAUAAGUAAACAGAAAAAGAAAAAGAUUGUGGAUAACAACACUAUAGGUACUUAAUUUGAACAGAUUUUGAAGAGUUUUCGAACAGAUCUCCGCUCGGAAUACUUUUUUUUGCCGGCGUCUUGAGAUGGCGAUGAACAUAACACACAUCCGUGACACAAAGUGGCUGACACUGGAAGUAUGCCGGGAGUUCCAGAGGGGCACGUGCUCACGCUCCGACCAGGAGUGCAAGUUCGCUCACCCAGCCAAGAGCUGCCAGGUGGACAACGGACGGGUCAUCGCUUGCUUCGACUCGCUCAAGGGCCGUUGUUCCAGGGAGAAUUGCAAGUACCUGCACCCUCCUCCCCAUCUAAAGACCCAACUGGAGAUCAAUGGCAGGAACAAUCUGAUCCAGCAGAAGAAUAUGGCCAUGCUCGCCCAGCAGAUGCAGCUCGCCAAUGCCAUGAUGCCUGGCACGCAGCUACCACCUAUGGUGAGAGGACACACACGUAUGAACACACCACAGCUACUGCCCACGCCGAUGUUCUCGGUGACACCAGGCCUGGCCACCAACGCAAGCGCAGCAGCAGCUGCAGCUGCAGCCUUUAAUCCCUACUUAAGCCCUGUGUCACCAAGCCUGAUGCCUCCAGAGAUCCUGCCCAGCACCCCUGUCCUCAUGGCCUCCAGCCCUGCAGUCAGCCAAGUCCCCAACGCUGCCGCUGCAGCCCAGAAACUGCUGAGAACAGACAGACUUGAGGUCUGUCGGGAGUAUCAAAGGGGCAACUGCUCUCGGGGGGAGAACGACUGUCGCUUCGCUCACCCCGCAGACAGCACUAUGAUCGACACCAACGACAACACCGUCACUGUAUGCAUGGACUACAUCAAGGGUCGGUGCUCCCGAGAAAAGUGCAAGUACUUCCACCCGCCGGCUCACCUGCAGGCCAAAAUAAAGGCUGCCCAGCACCAGGUGAACCAGGCCACAGCCGCCGCAGCCAUGACUCAGUCGGCUGUCAAAUCACUGAAGCGACCCCUCGACGCAACCUUUGACCUGGGCAUCGCCCCUAGUGUCAUGGCUCCCCUGCCAAAGCGGGCAGCCCUGGAGAAGGCCAACGGGGCCUCUGCUGUGUUUAACACCGGCAUGCUCCAGUACCAACAGGCCCUGGCCAGCAUGCAGUUUCAGCAGCAGGCUGCUUUCCUCCCAUCAGGCUCAAUAUUGUGCAUGACACCUGCAGCCAGCGUUGUUCCCAUGAUGCACGGUGGUACUCCAGCCACUGUGUCUGCAGCCACCACAUCUGCCACAAGCGUUCCCUUCGCAACUGCCUCCACCAAUCAGGACUCUUCCUUAUCAAAGUUGACUUCCAACGAAUACAUGCAAUUGAUUCCAAUAAUAUCUGCAGAUCAUCUGAGUAGUCACAAGUACUUGACUCAGAUGUAGUUCCUCUCAAGAACAAUCAAAUGAAUGUGUGCUGGCACCGUCCAAGCCAAAAAAAAAAGAGUUCAGCCUUUAUGUACAUAACCUUCAGAAUGUCAAGCAGUGGGACAAGGAGGGUCUGCCACGUCUCAUCACACGUGAAAACAUCAAGGGUACAACACAUGAUCUGUGCCAUCUUCCCACAUAUCAAUGUCAAGAAGAAUUUGCUGUCAAAUUCAACAUCCAGCUGAGAGAAGAGCAUAUCUUGGUGCCAGGGUCGGCGUGUCUCUCUCCCCCCCUCGGCGGGGGAAACGUUCACAUGAUACCUCUGUGUCGGAUUGAAUCAUAGCACUCAGUUUCUUCUAGUUAUUAUUAUUAUUACCGCAUGCACAGAAGGUCAAGAGCGUUGUUACAUGAGACGACAUCAAGUGCUGGUACAAUAGUAGACCAAGAUUUCCUUUCCUUUUUUAUUUGUUCUGCUUUAUUAUUAUUAUUAUUUUUAUUUUUUUUAAUUGAUAGCCAUAUUUCAGCGUUUACAAGAGUAAUGCAAACAUGCACCUUGAAUUUGAAUUGAAAUCUGAAAGGCACAAUGAUUUUAACAGGAUUUUAUUCGCCAAAUGAAUUAGGCAUGUACAGUAUUGUGUUUUUACAGCUACUAGUGAAACUAGAUGUUGACAUGAGGGUCUUGGACAUAUGAAUGUUCUGGGUAAACCAACAUACCUGUGUACCUUGAAAGCACAGCCAGGCUAGCUUUUCUCACCUCGUUAUGUGCUAUAAAGGCCAUACAGCUAAAACCAGAGUGUUAUCUCAGCAGUGUUAUUUGUUUACUGAAGGUAAAAGUUUUGUAUGGCUCUUUUUUUUUCUUUUUUUGUAUUGUUUUGUUUUUAAAAAUCUCCAUUGUGAGUGUUUUUUAACUUUUUCUUUUCUCAAAUUAAUCAGUUUUAGAAGUGGGUUUCUUGCCAAAUCAAUUUGUUUGGUAUUUGAUGGUUUUUUUGUUCCGUUUUGUUUGUUUAGAAUCAGUAAUGGAGGGUUUUUCUAAAGUUUGUCAUAACUCUUUUUCAUAGACUAGUGUUGUUUUUCCUUCUUGGAAUUAAGUCGUUGAUCAAGUCCAUUGACUCUAAAGCCUGGCGAAGUAGAGGGUGUAGCUUCAAUUGACAUUGCGUUACCGUGUUUCCCCCUCUUGUAAAGAGGAGCAGCUCUUAAACUGUGUCUCCCAAGAAGCACUGUUGAGCCAUGUGUGGAUGCGAACUUUAAACAACAAGCCCAAAGGUCUAGUAGGUCAUUUAAACCACAUGUGCACUUGAACGAUUAUUUGUCCAGUCGCCAUAUUUUAAUUUCAUAUCCCAUCCCAAGUGAACUUUCAUUUUUGAUUUUCUGAGGAAGUACAACACGUUCAAACGUUUGCCUUGUAUCUCUUGCAAAAACACAAAGGUUUUCAUCCACGCAUAGAUCUGACUAUGGAAACCAAAGCACAGUUUGUUUUUUUUCUCUCAAACUUAUCCACAGUGGGUGAAUACAGAGACAUCUCUGCAGAGGCUGAAACAAUUAAGGAAAAAGGUUUAUCAUCUUUCAUUCAUGUGUCUUGAUUUAUGUUUUUCACAGCAGCGUGUCUUUACCGAUUGUAAUGUACCUAACAAAGCCUUAGAUUACAGUUCAUGGGUCCUCACCCAAUCAAAUGUACUCUCAAUCACCAUGCAGGUAAAGAACACCAAUGAUGUUUUAUAGUUCUCUCACAAGCCGCUUAUGAUCUUUUUUUCUCUCUCUCGCUCUGUAACAAUAACAAUUACUCUCUUAAAUUUCAUUGAACUUAUGUGUUAUGUACUACUUAAGAAUUUGAAUCUAUUUGAUGUAUGUAGUUUUAGAUUAUUUUUCUUUUUUUUUUGUUGUUUUGUUUUUGCCUUACUAUAUAUUACUUGACAACAUUGAUAUAGCCGUUGUAGAUGUUGAGGUAGUAUGACAUUCAUAACUUUUUUUCAAACCAUAUAAAUGAUAAUGUGUUAGUUUUAAAUAUUCACUUCAUUCAUAUAGCUGGAUGUCUUUUUCAGUUGUGUUACAUUGUCAGUUAAUUUUUUGUUGUUGUUGUUGAUGAGAAGACUUUUUGAUACGAGGAAUGAGAUCAAUUGAUUUGCUGCACAGCAGCGGUCUCUGAGUUUAACAAGAAAAAAACAACAAAAAAAUCAAACACACACACAAAAACUAUUUUAACCAACUUAAAUUUUUCCUUGUAACAUGUCGAGAUCAUGUUUGAAAAUACUAUAUUGUACUGAAAUUCAGACUGUCCAUGUUUUAGAGUAAAAAUUAUUUUCUACUGUAUCCAUUUCAAAGAGAUAUGUAAUUUUGUUUUUGUUUGAAUAUUUCUUAAGUUUGCCCUGAAUGUCAGGCCAAAACGAGCAUUGAGAUUUGACGGGUGUUCGGAUGUUCGAUAGAUAGCGAGAUUAGGAGCGAGGAAGCAGAGGCGUCUGUUUUCCAGAGGAAUCAGAAAUGCUGCAGAUUAUGAGUUCGAACCUAAGGGACGAAGGUUGUCUUUUUGCACUUCUGUAUAUAGUCAAAUGAACAGAGAAAAAAUGUGUAUCAUAUUGAGAUAUUAUUUUGAAUAAAAAAAGAUCUAUAAUUAUAAGGAAUUUUGUUAGAUUAAUUUAAAUUCUUAAAUUAGAAGACCAGCUAAAAGAAAAAAAAUGCUUGCAAAGAAGGGCACUAGUUUCUUGGCCAAUGCAUUCAGAGAAAGCUAUGCGCUUUUUGUCUUAUUUUAUAAGUGGCUAGUAUUGCCAGGGAAUGUUGUAGGGGAGUAGAUAUCCCCAUAUCAUGCUAACUCCACCCCUCUUGUAGGAUGACAUAUCCAGUAACAUCCAUAUACCAUUUGUUGGACUUGGUCACACAGUAUUGCUGCUCCCAUGGUACAGCUGAUACAUGAACCUGUCAAAAAUGUGUAUUCUAUUAUAGUUUGAUUUGACUGCAUGUAAAAGUACAAACACGUAAACAAAAGAUAGAUAUGUAAGGUAAUAAGAUAACACCUUCAGACUACAGAAUACACAACAUUUGUUCUUUGUUUUUCAAAUUAUCCAUGCAGUAGAUAACAUCCACAGUGGGAAGAAGUGAUACUUUAGAACAAGUCAUCUUACUCUUAUGUGAUUAAAAUAAAAAUAUUUUCCAAGCAAACUUGUUAUUUAAAGAAUGAGAAAACAUUAGCACUCAUCCACCCCCCGGAUACAUUCUCAUAGCCGUAUAAUUACAGUCCACGCUGACUCACGGGGCAGUUGUUCCUGCUCUUAUAGCUGUGCACUCAGCAGGUGAAGGCUCAUCACACCAAAUGCUUAUUUGGCAAAUUUAGUCUUUAAAAAAAUGAAUGUAACAGUCGCCAGACAACAUCAGACGUGUUUCUGACUCGAGGCUGCUUUGUAUAGUUGCUACAGAACCAAAGCACCAUUUUCUCCAAACCACACGUUCAGUCUUCGGGCUGCAACCGAGGUCUCGCUUCCCUGCUGGGCGCACAUGUACGCUUUGACUGCUUUUUACUUGUAAGUGCACCCACCCAGUUAUGUAUUUGCUAACAGUUGCCACACAAUAAUGUACUAUUCUGUCUUCAUAUUUGUUUAUGCACAUUUUAUUGUUAAUUGACUCUUGCUGUAUGGAUGAAAAAAAAAAUCUGAAUAAAACAAUAUUUGAUUUGCUCACGCAA